CGUCACUUCUUUCACAAGGAACCACGAUGGGUGUGGGUGUGAUACACAAACGUCCAGUCCGGCGAGUGCUGCAUGCGGCCACUCGCAUUGCAUUCCACGACCUCAACCUGUCUUGAGCCGACUCCUGCGCCCUUCUUCACCGCCGACAACAACACCAUGACUUCCACCGCCGACCUCGACAACCAACGCCCGAUCAUUUCACAGUGCUACCGUCUCCAUGACCUCUCCCACCUCGUCCGCGACCAGCGCUACCAUACCGAGCGCCUGAUGGCCGAAGUUUCCCGGCGCAAAGCCAAUCUCCUCUCCAGCCGUCGCGCGCGCCCAGAGUACAUCUCCGACGAGGACCUACUGCGACUCUCCAACGUCCUGGAUCUGGACGCCAUCACGCGGUCGCUGGAAGAUCAGGAUCGAAGGCUGGAAGCCGAGUUGGGGAACCUCCUCGAUAAGAUGACCGAGUAUACGCUGGAUGAGAGCACGGGAUACUCGCGGUGGCAUCAUCAACCGGGAGAUGAUGCUGGUGGUGGUGGUGCGGCGGCGGCGGCGCUGAGGUUGGCAAUGGGUCUCGUUUGCAUUCUUGUCCUCCUCUCCGUCCUCUUCUGGAGAUGUUGGUGUUGAAGAAACCACACAUGGGAUUCAUCCUUGCGUCGGGCAAAUCGGGCGUCCAAGCCUCUGCAGCGAUACAUUCAUCGAGCUGCGAUGCAUGGAUGGACGCUGCUGCGGAGCCUUG